AUGGCAAUGGAUACCGUUGUGCUAAAUGCUCAGUCACUCCUCUUCAAUUCCCAUUCCCAGCUUCCAUUACUCACACGAAGAAGUAGAACCAUAAAACCCUUAAGCUACACCAUCAACAUGUCGUUGCAGCAAAGAAUCGUAGUACCUAACAAGCACGGUGAAAAGUUAGUGGGAAUAUUCCAUGAUUCUGGAAGCAAGGACGUUGUAGUCUUGUGCCAUGGUUUUCGCUCCACUAAAGAAGCCACUUCCAUUGUGAACCUUGCUGCUGCAUUCGAAAAUGCUAGAAUCAGUUCCUUCCGCUUUGAUUUUUCUGGAAACGGGGAAAGUGAUGGUACAUUUCAGUAUGGCCACUAUUGGAAGGAGGCUGAUGAUUUACAUGCCGUGACACAAUACUUCCGCGGAUUAAACCGUGUUGUUGCUGCAAUUGUUGGGCACAGUAAAGGAGGUGGAGUGGUGCUUCUUUAUGCUUCUAAAUAUGAUGAUGUUAAAUUAGUUGUCAACAUCUCUGGACGCUAUGAUCUGAAGGCAGGAGUUGAAGAAAGACUUGGAAAAGAUUAUAUGGAAAGAAUUAAGAAGGACGGUUUCAUUGAUGUGAAGAAUAAGUCAGUAAAUUUUAAUUACCGUGUGACGGAGGAAAGUUUGAUGGAUCGCUUCGGUACAAAUAUGCAUGAAGCAUGCCUUAAAAUUGAUGAAGAUUGCAGGGUCCUUACAGUUCAUGGUUCUUCAGACACUGUUAUUCCUGUUCAAGAUGCAUUGGAGUUUGCCAAGAUUAUACCAAACCACAAGUUACAUAUCAUAAAAGGUGCUGAUCAUCCAUACACCAAGCAUCAAGAUGAGUUAACCUCAGUUGUCGUGAACUUCAUAAAGGAAAACUUGCACCAAGAUGGUGGUGCUGAUAGCUAGUAACAGUUUAUGGCCAGCUGAAUUUGCUGCUAAUGAGACAUUUUGGCCUCCAGUUGAACCUGCUCAUGAUGAUCUUCUUCUACAAGUGCUGGAGCUCUCAUAUUUUUUCUGCUUAAUCAGUAAAUCAAUCAUAGAGUAAAUAAUGACUGCAAUGGUUAUUUGCCUCUGAUGUGCAUAACACAUUUGACAAUUACCUCAUGGUAAAUUAGACCACAACUUUCUAUGCUACCACCUAUUUUAGCUUUCCUAAUGAAAAUGAAGAAAGCAAAAGCAAAAGCAAAAUUGGUUUUUGGAUUA